AGAGCUCCUGUUUGAUACGAGGUAAAUAAGCUUCGUAAGUUUGUUGCCAUUGACGAAAUCAAUUCUUUGGCAUGACAUUUGUUGGCUCAUGGAAAGCGAGUCGUCCACUUGGCCUUGUUACGAAGAACAUUGGGUUCCAUUUGCGAGUCCUGAUUUGGCACUUGUAGCCUUGAAGAGUAUACAGGCAGACCCAGAACUUCGUCCUAAUCAAGUGAAGCGUAUUCUUUCCGUACAAGAUAAUUCAUUGCAUGUUCAGUUGUAUGCAAAAGAUGAGCGAGCGUUGAGAAUGGCGUUGCAGUCACUUCAACAAAUGAUUUAUGUAGUACAAACAGCGAUAACUUGGUUCUCUACCGAUUAUUGGAAGACUGCUGCUUAAAGUUUGGAGUUCUCCUGUUGAUAAAGUAGAUAGCGAUCUAGGAACAUGGAAACCAAAGCGUUCCAAUACACACUAAUAAUAUUGUG